AACAGGUGAGGAGAAAGAGAUCUCAGACCAGUAACUGUCAGCAACCAUGAGCAGUGGAGUGAAUAUCAAAGUCAUAUCUCGGAGGCAGAGUGACGCAGGUGUCAACUCGAGUCUGCCUUCACCUCGAAGCAUGAUGCCUGUAUCAAAGGCGGAUCCCAAAGAGCAGUACAGUGGCCUCCCUAAUCCCACAAUUCAGUAUCAGCACAGCGCCAAACGACGGCCUGCAUAUUCUUCACUGUCUGCUUCCUCAGGCCCUGCAGAGGUGCUGAGAGGUGCAGCUUUAAAGAACCACCUGCUGCAGCAAAAGACUAGCAUGUAUUCUCAUAGAAGCCCGGCAGCUGCAGCACGAACUGAUGGAACCUGCUCAGCACACAGCAGCCCUCAGAUACCAAAGAGGGAAGUUCCACGCUCUAAAGACACAUCAGACCUCCGCAGCAACACAAUAACCCAGAAAGCUUUGAGAGACCUCCAGUUACGAAGAAACACUAACAAGAACUGGACCUUUGGAAAGUAUCGUCAGAGGAGUCUGGACAAUGCACAAGAGGGAGACACUUUGCGGCAGCUCCCACCUAAUGCUCAGGCAGGCUACAGAAGAGGACGACUUCUUUAUAGUAAAAAUGCAAAUGGGAAUGAGAUACCAGGGGUAUCUUCAGCUGGAAUGGAGAACUUCCAAAAAGAGCCUUCCAGUCAGACACUGAACUUGCCACGCAGAGGGAGUGAGCCAGGACGGGUCAAUAUGGCUGCUGUUGCUCCCUUUAGGUUCAGGUUUCACGUUCAUGAGGACGCAGAUACCUUCCUGGAUGAUCUGAGUGACUGCUCCUCUGACUCCAUGGAGGUCUGCUGUGAUGAUCUAGACCCCGAGUCCCAGAGGAAGCGGACUGUGCAGAAUGUUCUUGACCUGCGCCAGAAUUUAGAAGAUACAAUGUCAAGUCUGCGGGGCGCCCAGAUGAGCCAUAGCUGUAUGGAAAGCAGUACUGUGGGUUAUGACAGCGAUGAAACCAACGCUCGCAGCAUCUCCAGCCUAUCCAACCGCUCAUCACCUCUUUCCUGGCGCCACGGCCAGUCCAGCCCUCGUCUUCAAGCUGGCGAAGCUCCGUCCUCCACAGGUGGUGGAUACCAGGGGAGUAAGAGUGGCUCCCAGUACACGGCGCACACGAUGCCUGCUCGCUGCUCCAGUCGACUCAGCAGCACGUCUCGUAUUGAGCUCAUCGAAAGUCUUGAUGUUGACGAUCCUGAUCUCAAGUCCGGUUACCUGAGUGACAGCGACCUUCUAGGAAAGAGCCUGCCAGAUGAUGAUGACGACAACCUGGCUAAUGGCUGGGAUGAGAGCAGCUCCAUCAGUAGUGGACUCAGCGACGGUGACGGCGAUGGCUCGGAGAACCUCAGUUCAGAGGAGUUCAACGCCAGCUCAUCUCUCAACUCCCUCCCAAACACACCCUUGGGAUCAAGGCGCAACUCCUCUGUUAUGCUCCGCACUGAUGCAGAGAAGCGCUCCCUGGUAGAAAGUGGACUUUCGUGGUACAGCGAGGAUGGCAAAGCCAGCCAUAAGCUCGAUAGCUCCAGCUUUGACUCAGGAAGUCUCAAAACAGAGGCACCAAGCAAGUGGAGAAAGAAGCCUCCAAGCCUUAGUGAAGAUUUUGGGGGUAAAGGGGAGUUAAAGAAGCCUCAAAGUUUGGGUCAACCAGGAAGUUUCAAGAAGGGCAGAAAUCCUCCUGUGGGUGUGACCUCCCCCAUCACCCAUACCUCCCAGAGUAUGCUCAGAGUUGCAGCACCUAAAAGUGAGAAGCCACUGGACAAAUCCAAGAUUUCCAUCAAAACUGCUGGCUUGCAGCGUUCUCGCUCAGAUGCUGGCAGAGAUCAUCAUGGAGAGCACCGCAAGCCCCCGUCAGGUUUAGUUAAACCCACUGCCGGAACCUCCUUUGGCUACAAGAAACCACCAACUGCAACUGGUACAGCAACCGUCAUGACAGUAGGUGGUGCCACCAUCUCUAGUGGCUCUGCUACUGUGGGAAAAACCCCCAAGUCAUCUGGCAUCCCUGUGAAGCCCGUGGGAGGAGGAAUACCCUCGGGUAGAAAGAACAGUUUUGAUGCCAGCAGUGAGCAGAGCUUCCUGGGGCCAAACGCCCGAAACAGCAUUCAGUACCGCAGCCUGCCUCGACCGGCCAAAUCAAGCACGCUCAGUGUGAUUGGGCGCCCAGCUACUCGGCCUGUCAGCAGUACAAUUGAUUCUAGUCUGUUGACACUGAAACCUGUACCCAUAGCCUCAUCAGGACCAAGAGUUAAAGAACCUAGUAGCUCCAGCAGUAAGAUGACUAACCGAACAUGUACAGGCCCAGUGAACCAGACAGACAGAGAGAAGGAAAAGGAAAGAGCCAAAGCUAAGGCUGUGGGUGCAGACAUCGACUGUGCUUCUCUGAAAGGAGACGACAUGCCGUCCGAAUCAGCAGGAGAGGCUUCUAUGAAACUGCACAGCCUGAGACGAACUAGCAGCAGCAAAUACCCUGAACUGUCAUCACCCACCACACCAAGGAUGCUGAACACUAAGUCUCUAGGCCGUCCCCCCAGCUUGGCUCACCUGGACAAGGUCAAUUCAAACAGUCUUGACUCCUGUGUGACCAUCCAGGACCUUCCACCCAAAGUGCCCCCAUACUCCAAGCUCCAAGACCUGGCUAGUUCCCACACAGGUACCCGCCUCACCCCUAGCCCAGCGCCAGUCCUCCAUAUCGAUUCUCCCGGCUCCUACACAAGCGAAAGCCUGACUGGAUCACCGAUACUCUACCCCAAACUGUCAGGCAUGCAUCGCAGCUUUGAGUCCCUUCCCCUCCAGAUGAGCGUGCCCCCGAGUGCAAGGUUUGUCACCACAGACAAACGUGAUAAGGAAGAGAGGGGUACAGGAACCUGGGGGGCCGGGAGUAGGACAUCCCUCACUCUCUCAGAUAGCUUGCAAACAGACCGGAAUACCCUGCCGAAGAAAGGCUUAGAGUGCUAUGGCUCAACCCUAUCAGAGCAUGAAGAAAGCAAACCAGGAAGGCGCCACUCCCACACCAUACUCAGCAUGACAGAGAGUGAUAGCCCCCCUCAGUUGCCUUCUCCUACCCGCCCUCUCCACCCAUCAUCCAAUAAGACUCCUCUCACCAAUGUGGUUGCCCCAAUUUCCAGUGGCACCCCAAGGAUAUCACGGUCGAACAGCAUAGGCCCCCCCAGUGAUUCUGCCUGCGAUAUCUAUGGAUCCUCCCCUCUGGGCAGCAGCAUGUCCCUGGCUGACCGUCCAAAAAGCAUGAUGCGGUCUGGGUCUUUCCGUGAACCGGGAGAGGAUGUGCAUGGCUCGGUGCUGUCUUUGGCAUCUAAUGCUUCAUCCAACUAUUCCUCGAAUGAGGAGAGGAUACAAGGGGAGCAAAUCCGCAAGUUGAGACGAGAGCUGGAAUCCUCCCAGGAAAAGGUUGCGAACUUGACCGUGCAGCUUUCUGCCAAUCUAGGCCAGGCUAAUCUGGUAGCAGCAUUUGAACAGAGUCUGGCACUGAUGACAGCACGCCUGCAGACACUGUCAGUCUCCUCAGAUCAAAAGGACUCCGAGCUUACUGAGUUGAAGGACACCAUUGAGAUUCUGAAGGCCAAAAACACCGAAGCCCAGGAAAUCAUUCAGGGGGCCCUCAGUAAUCCGGACGUCACACCUAAAGAGCUGCAGAUCAACCGCCAGAACUCCUCAGAAAGCCUCUCCAGUCUUACCAGCACCACCAGCCACUCGAGUAUGGGCAGUCUCAAGGAGCAAGAGGCCAAGAAGAAGAAGAAGAAGAGCUGGGUCUUCGAGUUACGCAGCUCAUUCAACAAGGCUUUUAGUAAGAAGGGCUCCAAGCCAACUGGGCCAUAUGCUGAUAUUGAAGAGAUUGCCACCCCAGAAUCCUCAGCGCCUUCCUCCCCCAAAGUCCACCAUGAUGGAGAUAACAAUGCAGUGUCAAUGAAAUCCUCAGCCUCUGCAUCAUCAUCCAGACUGUCUGAAGGGAGUGAGGCAGGAGAUGAUAAGGUUGUAACAGAACUGCGUACAGAGCUGUGGGAGAAGGAGCGUAAACUGACAGACAUCCGCCUGGAGGCUCUGAGCUCUGCCCAUCAUCUGGAGCAACUGCAGGAGGCCAUGAACAACAUGCAGGUAUAUCGGACAAUAGAGAACCUGAAGGCUGAGAAUGACCAGUUGAAGACAGGUACUCUGUCUCCCUGUCCAUCUCCUGGACCCUCCAGCUCUGUCUCCCAGUCCUCAGGUCUCACUGCUUUGGGAAGCUCAUCACCCCGGCAGUCAGUAGCCAUGCACAUGCCUAAAAGCUACAGCAGAGGGCUGAGUGAGGGGAGCAACUCAGAGAUCCACGUUGCAGACUCUCUCAGCCUUUCCUCACAGAGAGAUGACCAUCGUGUGAGGGUGGUGGUUUGUGUAGCAGAUCUACAUGUCUUCAAAGAGGAGGUUAAGCAGCAGGAUUUCUUUGUCGGCACUGUCCGAGUGAAUGGCAGGAUGGACUGGGUCAUGCUUGAUUCAGCUGUCAGCCAAGCUUUUAAGGUAUAUAUAGCCAAGGUGGACCCCACCUCCAGUCUGGGCCUGUCAACAGACUCCAUCUACAGUUACAGUAUGGGCCACAUUAGGAGAGUGCUGGGAGGAGAGGCUCCUGAGACACAACCCUCUCGCUGCAUGUCACGAGGCCCCAGUGGAAUCACAGUGGCACUGAAAGGUUUGAAGGAGAAGUGUGUGGACAGUCUGGUAUUUGAAACUCUCAUUCCCAAACCCAUGAUGCAACACUACAUAAGUCUUCUACUCAAACAUCGGCGCCUAAUCUUGUCUGGGCCGAGUGGGACGGGGAAAACGUACCUCGCUUCCCGGCUGGCUGAGUACCUGGUGGACCGGAGUGCUCGAGAAGUCACAGGUGGCAUUGUGGUCACUUUCAACAUGCACCGCCAGUCAUGCAAGGACCUGCAGCUUUAUCUUUCUAAUUUGGCCAAUCAAAUAGACCGGGAAAGCAGUGCAACGGAAAUACCACUAGUGGUUAUUCUGGAUGAUAUUCAUGAUCCUGCUUCAAUUAGUGAACUUGUGAAUGGCGCUCUCACCUGCAAAUAUCACAAAUGCCCUUACAUUAUUGGAACAAGCAAUCAGCCAGUGAAGAUGACAGCAAACCAUGGCCUGCAUCUCAGCUUCAGGAUGGUGACCUUCUCCAAUAAUGUGGAGCCAGCCAAUGGCUUCCUUGUGCGAUAUUUGCACAGGAAGUUGAUGGAAUCUGAAGAUGAGAGGAACUUGACCAAUGAGGAUCUAAUCAGGGUGUUAGACUGGGUUCCCAAACUGUGGUAUCACUUGCACACCUUCCUAGAGAAGCACAGUACAUCAGACUUCCUCAUAGGCCCUUGCUUUUUCUUAUCCUGUCCAGUCACAGUGGAUGAGUUUCGAUCAUGGUUUAUUGAUCUUUGGAACCACUCUAUUAUACCAUACUUGCAAGAAGGGGCAAAGGAUGGCAUCAAGGUCCAUGGCCAAAAGGCAGUAUGGGAGGACCCAGUGGAGUGGGUGAGAGGCACCCUGCCUUGGCCAUCUGCCCAGCAGGACCAGGCAAAGUUGUUCCACCUUCCUCCGCCCAGCAUUGGCUCCAGCAGCCCCUGUCAGCCAAGCGAGGAGAGGCCUCACAAGGAGACUCCACCCAGCUCCAUGGAAAAUGAUCCUCUGAUGGCAAUGCUUUUGAAACUUCAAGAGGCUGCCAAUUACAUCGAAUCCCCAGACAAAGAAGACCCUAGCCUGCCUAAACUUUGAAUGCAAAGCUCACGCUUAACCCUUAAGCACUCCGGUAUUUUAGUUUUUGCUCACUGUACUGAUGCAGUGCACAUUCAGGAACAAAUGGACCCUCAGAAAUGAUUGUGGGGCUAUUUAAAAACCAUCAUUCCUGCAGGAGAAAGUUGAAAUUAUGACCUGUUAAUUCCAAAUCAUUUUAACCCAUACAGUGUUUUCAAAAAACUGUUCACAAGUAUUGAAUGAAAAGCUAUAUUCUUUUACUUAACUAUAUAUUUAACAAUCACUUCACAUAAAUCAGAUAUCUUUACCAUUUUGUUAGCCCUCAGUACUCUUAGAUUGGUGCUAGUGGAGCAUUAUGAAGUCCAUCAUCUCAAUACUUCAACUUCAGGGGAUUUCUGCAACAAAACACAUGUUCCACCCCGUUUUCUGCCCAAGGGCAACUUGGGAUAUGAAGUGCUUGUCAAAUAGAGCUGUUCUCAAUUAAAGGUGACUCAUUUUGGAAAAGAGUAUGACAGCAUCACAGAUGCCACUGUUUCUUGCAAAGUUCUUUGGUACAUAUCUACUGUAUAAGUCUUUGAAGGCCAAAUCCUAUACAUAUGCAAUCCUGAACUCUACAGCCCGAGCAGGUGAAACUUAUAUAUGCCUUAAGAACAAAGACAUCAACAUCUCCUCAACUUAAGCAGAAUAUACUGGUGCUUUUAUCAAUAUCAUUCUAAGACAGUCAGUCGUUUCUUCAGCUCUCUAUAUUAUGUAUUUGAAUUCAUUGUGGUCAUGUUUCAGAGCAAAAAAAGAUUCUGAACUCUCUAAGAUGAAUUUUCAAAAUAUAUUUUCACAUCUUUAUCAUUUUCAUGGUUUUUGACUUUAACUUGCUGUCAUACUCUUUUGCAUAAACAAAAACGUAUUCAUCAGUGAUGUGAGUUCAUCGCUUUGUCGCUGCACACACCACUUAAUUUUGUUUUAGACGCUACUUAAGAUGAAAAAAGUAGUGCUUUCCAAUGUUGGCCAUAUGUAUCAGGUAUUUGGAUGCUUACUACACAGGGAUAAUAUAACUUAACAUACAACCUCUGAAAACAUAAUGAGUAAAUGCUAUUUGAAUCCAGUUCUCUAAAACAUUUAUGUAGGCAGAGGCACAUCUAUUUCAACUCUUUCCCCAGACAUUCAGACUAGUUACUGUAUAUAUUUUGUACAUACAGUCAGGCUGCAUUUCAGUUACUUUAUCUACAUUAGUUGGUGCACAGAUCUAAAAUACUGAACCAAAUACUGUACUUUUAAUAAUGCAUAUUGACUGUCAAGUUAGGGUUUUAAGUUCAGCUAUGAAUGUAUAGAAAACACUUACACAACAGCCGUGUAACAGUCAUGUAGGAGGUGCUUUUAAAGGAAGCCUUAUCAAAGUUCCACCACUAAACAGUUUUAACAACGGCUGAUCAGGGUGGCUUUAGGGCUGCCUAUUUCCAUUUCAUUUUUUUUAUGCAUUUCACAAACAAAAUAAACACUUUCUCGCAAUUCAUGCUUAACAUCCUCAUUUAGGUACGGUACUCAUUUAGUUAAAGUACUGGUGCUCUUUAAAAAUGUUUUAGUGUUGGAUUAAAAACUGCGUAGAUGUUCUGGGUAGGUUAGCAAAGAGUUUUCUGUCAUUUCUGUCAAACUCAAAAGAAAUAUGAAAUAGAUUUGGAAGAAAAUUUGUGAUAUUUCAUAGGAGAUGUUAUUGAAGACAUUAUAUAGAGGCUGAAGUCAUGUGAGAUAUUAUAGGGUGCAUACCCAAGUUGAUGUUGUGCAGUAUUCACAUUUGAGAACAUUUUGGGUAUAUGACACAGAAUCAAGUAGUGCAGAGUCCUUAUUCUACAGAGAGAGUAAAAAUCAAAAGAUUUAAAACACUUUAUGAAGUACUUGGUGUAGAUAUGUGUAAAAAAAAAAAAAAAAGCUCUUAUGAAGUAAAUGACAGAUAAAAUAUAUGGUUGUGCAAAGUGGUGUUGAAGUAAUUCAUCUUCCCCAACUUUUCGGUGCUCACACUAAACUUCACACGAAGUAAAACUUGUAAAUGAAUGUUGAACCAUUUUAAUGACAGCUCGAUGAGAAAGUUCCAAAUUAUGUCUGAGCUGCUUGUUGCUUAUUUGCUUUAUUGCACUGUUUGCAUAAGGCUGGUUUCAAAUAUUCAAGCUCAUCUGCAGCUCUUGUCACUUGCAAACUAAAAAAAGCUGAAUGAAGAAAAGACAUCAAAGAGCAGGAAAAAAAAAAAAAGAUGUCAAAUGUCCAGGGACUCUCACCCUGACAUCACGCUGACUGAUUACUGUAAAUAUUUCAGGUAUCAGACUGUAUUACCAGCCCCUCUCUGAUCUGUUUUGCAGGUUAACUAAAGCCAUCAACUCCAGCUUCUCAUUCCAUUCACUGGUUGUUGUGCCUGUUGCUCUGUGGUAGCUGUGAUUUGUGUUUGCUUACUAGUGUAUUGGGACUAUGCAGCAACUUCUACUGGUGUUGGCAGUCAGCAAAUGUAUGAACUUCACAAGCAAACGGUGCAUUUUCCUAUGGUCUGUCUUUGAGUUCUUAACUUGGACCAAACUGCACCACAAGAUAAAAGUGUCAGCUGGAGAUACAGAGCCUUAAAGAGAGGAAGACUUGCUUGGUGAUAUAUAUUGAAGACAGGGUUCAUAAAUGUAGUUAAAGAAGUUCAGCUGAUGCCGUUUGUCCUUAUUAGUGGCAAGUGAAGUAACACAGCUGGACUUGUAAACGGUCAAAUGACAAUAAAAAACCCAAAAAAGAAGCUUAAAAAUCAAAUCAUGAGGCUGAAAUAGCAGUUAGUCUGUAUUAAACCAGAUAAAGAGAUAAAUGAACAUCUUAGGCCAAUACAGGUUGUUGAAUAGUCAUAUUUUUUGCUAAGCUUAUCGUGGACUAAGUUUUAAAAACAUGUUACGCUGUAUGCAGUGUCACUGAUGUGCAAAUGUCAAGGGUUUCUAAGUGUUGUAAAUGCAUGUAAACUUGCUGUGUGAUGGAAAAAUGUUAACAUUAAUGCAUUGUUUAGGGAAAUCAUUGAUCAUAGAUAAUGUUUUCCUUUUUACUACUCAGAUAUUUGAUAUUUCUUUUUUUCCCCCCCCUUUUCUAAAGAAUCCUUUGUAAAAGUUCAUUUCUCUAUUUUGUACAGAACAUCAUUGUAAAGACUGUAAAUAGGUCAGCAUUCUGGAUGCGGCAACAAUCACUGAGAAGGAAAAACAAAAUCUGUGAGAGAAAGGUAUAUUUCUUCAGAGUUGGGUCCAAUACAUGGAUAAGGCAUGCUUCUGAAGGCUUCCAUCCACUUAUCACUGUUUGUUGGAAUUAAUAAAAUACAUGUUAUAUUUA